AUGACCACCGAAGAUGUUAAGCCAAAGAUUCUCUCGCAAGUCGAGUUCUACUUCUCGGACUCGAACCUGCUGAACGACAAGUUUCUGUUCACCACUCAGCAGGCCAACGAUGGCUGGGUCCCAAUUAGUGUGAUUUCGCAGUUUGAGCGUAUGAAGAAGUACCGGCCGAUCGAGACCAUCGUGGAGGCCUUGAGACAGUCCGAGAGUUUGCUGGAGGUGUCUGAGAACGGUGAGAUGGUCAAAAGAAAGACUCCAUUGCCAGCCAACCAGAACGAGGUGCAGGUUGCAAUCAACAAGAGAAGCGUCUUUGUGGAGUACCUGCCUGAGGAGGCUACUCUGGACCAGUUGAUCGAGUUCUUCAACAAGUUCUCUCCUGUCAACCAGGUGAGAAUGAAGAAGAGAGACAAGAAAUUUGUCGGUUCUGUGUUUGUUGAGUUCAAGAAGGAGGAGGAUGCUCAGAAGUUUGUUUCUGCCUCGGAGAAGCCAAAGUACGGCGACAAGGAGCUGAACGUGAUCAGCAAGGUGAGCUACGACGAGUACAAGGCACAGAAGUUUGGCGAGAGAAGAGGAGGCCGUGGAAGAAAAGAGAAAUAUAGAAAAGACGACCAGAAAGACCGCAAGAGAGACAGCUCUCCAAAGAGAGAAGAGAAGGAGGACAAGGUUCCAAGAGACGACGACGCCAAGGACCAAGAAUAA